GGCUGGGAAGCCACUGGGAGCGGCGGCGGCCAUUUUGUCCCUCCCUCAGCGGGCGGCGCGGCGGGCGCCAUUUUGUGCCUCCUCCUCCUCCUCCCUCCGCCGCUGCCGCCGGUGGGCGCCAUGGGGGUGCGGCGGGGCCGGGUGGCCCCGGUGCUGGAGGGCGACGUCGCCGCUUAUUUCCGACGGGCUCUGGAGACGCUGCAGGAGGGGCUGAGCCCGGAGGAGCUCGAUCUUUUUGCCACAAAUGUUCUGGCGGAGGCAGUGGCGGCGGGCCCGGGGGUUGCCCUGGACCCCAGCGGCUCGCGGGUGCUGGAGGCGCUGCUGCCCCGGGCACCCGCGGCGGUGCUGAGCCGGGUGCUGAGCCCCUUGGUGGGGGGCCUGGGGGGGCCCGCGGGGCACCCGCUGGGGGCUCGGGUGCUCGAGGCCGCCCUGCAGCGGGUCCCGGAGGUUGUGGGGCCGCCGGGGGACGCUGUGGGGCCGCCGGGGGACGCUAUGGGGCGGCUGGAGGACGCCGUGGGGCGGCAGGCGGCGGUGGUGCGGGGCGAGGCGGUGGCGUUCGCCCGGCACCCCAACGGCAGCUUCGUGCUCAGGGCGCUGCUCAGGGCGCUGGCGGGCAUCCAGGGGGCAGGACCCCCUCACCCACCCCACAGGGGGGCGGAGCCCAAACCGAAGGGGGCGGAGCCAGCAGCCAAGGGGGUGGAGCCUAAACCAAAGGGGGCGGAGCUUCCCCCCUCCUUCCCCCUCCUCCUGGGGCAAUUGGCGGAGGUCUUCGAGGAGAAUCUGCCCUCCCUGGUGUCCCCGCCCUGUGCCAGCCUCUGCCUGCAGGGGGCGCUGGAGGCGCUGCGCCACAGCCAAUCGGCCGCCUGCACCCGCCUCUGCGACGCCCUCAUUGGCUACCUGGCCCUGCCGGGACACGCCCCCGGGGAGAGCCCCCUGGUGGCAGCGCUGCAGGACGCGCAGCGCGGGCGCCUGGUGGAGGCGGUGCUGGCGGCGGCCGGGCCCCAGCAGCUGCGGGAUCUCUUCCGGGAGCACCUCCAGGGCCACCUUGUGGGCGUGGCCAACCACCGGCUGGCCAAUCACGGCCUGCAGCGCCUGCUGGACCACGCCCCCUGCGACGUGGUGGGGGCGGUGCUGGAGGAGCUGGGCCCCGCCCUGCAGCAGCCCCUGGCGCGGGGGCACCCCGGGGUGCUGACGGCGCUGACGGGCGCCUGCCGCCGCCACCCCCCGCUGCAGCCCCAGGCCCUGCGCCGUGUGCUUGAGGCUUUCGACUGCUGGGAGCCGCCCGAGCGCCGCCAGGGCUGCGUGGGGCCGCUGGCUGCCCUGCGGCCCUGGGGGGUCGGGGACAAGGAGCAGGGGGCGGAGCCUGAGCCCACCCCAGGCGCCGUGACGCUGCCGGGCUCGCUGCUCCUCCAGCACCUGCUGCACUUCGGGGACCCCGGCCCGGUGCUGGGGGCCCUGGCGGCGCUGCCCCCCGCGGCCCUGGCGGCGCUGGCGCUCAGCCCCCCUGGCAGCCACGUGUGGGACGCGCUCCUCGCCUCCCCCUCCGUGCCCCCCCGCGCCCGCCGCCGCCUUCUGCGCAAACUCAAGGGUCACUUCCUGUCGCUCGCCUGCCACCGCAACGGCAGCCGCGUCCUCGACGCCAUCUUGGCCUCCUCCUCGCCCCGCACCCGCGCCGCCAUCGCCGCCGAGCUGGCCCCCCAGCGCCCGGCGCUGCUGCGGGACCCCCACGGGCGCGGCGUCGAGCGGCGGCUGCGCCUCCUCCUGCGCCGGCCCCGGCAGUGGCGGCUGGAGGACUGAGAGCCAGCGAGUUCCCGCCGCCAGGGGUAGAGAGGCGUCAGGGGCGGAGCUUGGAGGAGCAUGAGUACGAAGAGUUGCUAGAGGACUACCAACCAUAGAGCAGCCUGGAGGACCAGCAGCCACAGAGCUCCUGGAGGACCAGUGGCCAUAGAGUUGUUGGAGGACCACCAAACCAUAGAGCUGCUGGAGGACCAGUGGCCAUAGAGGUGCUGGAGAACUGACCACUAGAGAGGAUCCCUAUAGGCGACGCUCUGGUACCGCAUAACCAAGUCUUGUCUGCUCUGUCUUUUCUAUUCUAUCUGUAUUUUUAUAAAUUAACCAAUUUCUUCA